AUCACAUAUUCCCAUCAAGUCAUACGACUCACUUAUUCAUCAUGUCUUACGCAGAAGCUGCUGCCAAAGGUCCCAAGCAAUCCGCAGAGGAGCCAUGUAGUCGCGCCCCCAGCGUUGGUGGAGUGUACCGCGAUGAAGCCGAGAGCACCGCUUCCCUGGUCGACGUCGACUCGCCGCACGUCCAGGCCGUGGAUCCCGAUUUCCUGAAGCAGGACGUGCAGACCACCACCCAGGCCGAGCGGAUAGAGCGAGAAGAAGAGGAGCGGGAAGCCUACGAAGAACGGAGAGCCAAGAGCAAGGCUAAGGCUAAAGCUAAGGCGAAGGCUGAAUCGGCUCGCAGCAACGCGCACAACCCUGUGUACCUCGGAAAUGCUGUGAUUCUGGCCUUGACCGGCGCUGGUCUGGGGUAUGGAGCAUACCGGAAGCAUGCUGCUGGGCAGCUUUCGUGGGAAGUGAUUGGAUGGGCCUCUGGCGCUGUUGGUGCCCUUGGUGCCGUGGACUACUUUGUUAGCAAAUGGCUUCUGCAGAACAAGUACCCUCCGAAAUAAGGCUUGAAGUCGAGACGGAGCACUUCGUGGAGUCGUGAUAUCCCAGUGUCAAUUCCGCGGUCUAUUACUUUCCUUACUAUUUGUUGUACUCCUUUAGGGUACAUGA